AUGGACGUUGAAAUGUCUGGUGACCCACAGAAACAAACCUCCGACCAAGGAGGCUUCGACAACAACAGCCAUCCGCCUUAUAAUUGUCAACAACACGAGCCGUACAGCGCACAUCACGUUUCGCAGCCAACAGACUUCUUGAAGGUCAUGCGCAAAGCAGGGAUCCACGAUCGUCAUAAGCUGUGCCUACAUUGCGGCAAGAUCGCGUCUCAAGACCAUCGCAUGUCCUGGCGCCAGUGCCCUAACUAUUGCGCAUUUGAUGGAAGGCACGAGCACCCAGGAAAGCUGUGUCCACAUCUCCUUGAAGUAGCCAACAAGGAAUGGUGCUUUUCGCGUACGGAUGAAUACAUGAUCGAAGACCUCAAGGCAGCCCGCCUCACUAGGAAACAAACCGACAUGUCGACUUCUGAUCAUAUGAAGGCUUCGCUGCCGCCUCAUCAGCUCUUCAAUAGAGACCCAAUAUCUUUUGGUAACUCCUUUGGUGGGAUGCAAUAUCCAGGCUACAAUGCUGGGGUUGAUUACAGCAACUACGGUGCCGGUUAUACCAAUGGAUAUAGUGUACCUCCACCAGAUGCCGGCUACAGUACUUCUACCGCUCCGGGUUCCUAUACUGUCUACGAUGCCGCAUUCGCGCAGCCCAACAACUUUCGAGGAUACAUAGAUCCGGGACAUCCCAGAGUCGACAACCCGCCCUACACUGGCCUACUCCGCCCUCGUGAUUCCCGCGAACGUAGCCCCACAAUGCAAGCAAGUAGCGGUAAUUAUCGCGAUCGGACACCUUGGGCUCACAACAAACCUAACUCGUCAUCUGAACGUGGCAGGUUCAGUCUUCAGGAAACACCAGGCAAACCUCCAUCUGCAGCCCAGUAUGCUACCCUUGGAAUGCAAUCAGUGGUCGAUCAGGAGCGCUCAGCAUCAGCCCCGCAUGUAAAACCGCAAACAGAUACCAAGACAGCUCGAGUGUUCGCAGCUUCGAGGACACGGGUCGAGCAGUUAGAGCAGCAGCGCCAGGCACAAGCAGCAGAGCUAGCUGAGCUGAGAGGGCAGCUCGAUAUAUCGCACCUGCGCUACAGAACAGUCGCCACUGCCUUCGUUAGACAUAUGAUGGCUACUCAGCAACUGAUGGGGAACAUGCAGUCAUUGCUUGUAUUGCCACCCAGCUUGUACGCGAGCGACGUUGCUGUCCCAUCUGGACACGACCAAGCAGAAGGUCCAAGCCAGGCGCAUAAGGAUGCAGGAGACUCCUUCAAGGAAGAGCAAGAGUAG